AUGAGUUUGGGAGGGCCUGGCUUACUUGUGUUUCUUUGGGCUUUCAAACUCGUUAAUAAAUCUUCCAAAAAUCGACGGAGAGGAGAGAGAGAGAGGGCCGUGGAGAUGGAGGUGAAGAUAGAAGAACGAGAAGAAGAAAACGGGAGAAAAUGGAAGCGAAAGAAAAAGAGCUUAACAUCAGCUUCGUUAUGUCCAAUAAACAAUCUUGAUGAUGGCUGUCUUAUGCACAUCUUUAGUUUUCUUUCUCCAAUUCCAGAUCGGUAUAACACCGCCCUCGUUUGCCACAGAUGGUGUUACUUGGCAUGUCACCCUCGCUUGUGGCUGCGAGUAGACCGAUCGGUCAAAGAUUUAUCUGAGCCUGGAGUUUUCCCCAAUAUUGAGACAGCUGUCACUGCCGCAAGGCCUGGUGACACUAUUUUAAUUGCAGCAGGAGGGAUUCAUCGCGCAUCUAAUAUUCAAAUAAAAAAACCACUUUGCCUGAUUGGUGGAGGUGAGCUUCCCGAUGAGACAACGCUCAUUUGUUCUCGAGGUUCAGACAGUGCAUUGGAGUUCCUGUCCACCUGCAAACUGGCGAACUUAACAGUGAAGGCAGAACUUGGUUGCUGCUUGCUUCAUAGAAAAGGAAGGCUAACCAUAGAUGGGUGCAUUCUUCAAUGUGAGUCAAGCCCCCUGGACUAUCUGUCUUGUCCGAUUGUGAGUACAGCCACCGGUAGUCAGCAGUUCCCUUCCAAGGGCCACGGGGAUCGCGUUUCUGUUUCUCAAACUCGCAUUGAAGGUGGCGCCAAGGCCGUUUCAAUUAGUGGAGACCUGGAAUUGCAGCGAGUACGGGUCAUUUAUGCCCGGACGUCUCUCUUGUUCUGGUUUGAUGUAGAGCAUUAGUGAUGGUCAUUAUCAUCCUGAAUUGCCUGUGACAUUAUUCAUCUGUUUAAACUUGUGUGAUACUUAUCUUAGCCCUCAAUUGAUUGUAAUUUCAUGGGUUUUGAAGGUUUCUGUCUGAAACUUCCUUGGUGUCACCACUUCGCACUUUUCCUCACUUUACCUGAUAAUUGUUUUCAUCA